AUGGAAUAUUAUACAUUCUCUGCCAACGAUGGCACCACCCUAGCCUUCCAAUCCUCCACCCCCCUCACACCAAGCCCCUCACCCGUCAACGACAGCAUUAUUCUCUUCUUGCAUGGGUUCUCCGGCUCCUCCGCCUACUUCACCCGCAACUUCCCUGCUCUCUCUGAACGCUCUUGGGUGCUCGGCCUAGAUACGCGGGGUCAUGGCCGGUCCAGUCACUCCAAAGGAGGAUAUCACGUCGCCCGUCUAGCUUCUGACUUGAGAGAUUUUCUCUUACACAUAUAUUCCCUCAACCCUGGAAAGAAGUACAAGAUCACAGCAGUUGGACAGUCAAUCGGCGCCGCUAUUCUCUGGACCUACACUGAGCUCUUCGGGGAUGCCGAGUUUACCUCAUUUCUAUUUGUCGACCAGGCACCACUUCAAGAUCGGGAUUUGAGAUUCGAAUGGGACGAGAAAAAGGCCCACAGGGGCUGCUAUGACGAGGAGAGCAUGCUCGCAGCACAAGCGGCCUGGGUUGAGAGACCAGAGGAGACAUAUGUUGGAUUGGUGGACGAAUGCCUGGGGUAUCGCUACCAACCUUCUUCCCAGGAUAGCGAUAGAAGUCCAGAGGAGCGACAGCAGGACGAGGAGUAUUUCACAAGUAUCAGCAGGGUUUGUGAUGGGAGGUGGUUGGCGAGAUUGCUGGCUGAUCAUACAAGGUAUGACCACCGCGAAGCAUGCGAGUUGAUCACUAAGCCUACACUGGUGAUGGCUGGGAGAAGGAGUGGAUGCUUUUCGCUGGAAGGAAUGAGGGAGGUCGUCGAGAGGGUCAAGAAUGGGAGAGGGGUCAACAUGGAAAGCAAGGCCCAGAUGUCAGUCUUCGAGAGCGGCCAUUGGUUGUUCUGGGAGGAGCCGGAACGAUUCAACCAGGAGGUCUUGGAAUGGGUACGCCGGUGGGAGUAA